GCAUGAUGAGCAUUGCUUUACUAUUUUGACAAGCCAUAUUACAGCGCUACUUUGGAACCUGGUUGGAAGCAAAUCAAUCUGUUUGAACUUUUAUUCACGAGACAUAAAUAAACCAGACCGGGAGAAGAAGUAGUUGGACUAAUUAGCCUACUAACCCAAAAUCAAUAACCUAACUGUAAACUGACACAACAAGCUACGUCUACAUUUUCAUCUUUUUCAAUCCGAAAGGGUUUUUGCUUCUGGACAUGUGAAUCAAAGGAGUUAUUGAGAACCCCUGAAAAUGAAGCUACUAGCAUCGGUUCUGUGUUGCUUCGGCUUUCUGCUCACUUCUGCGAUGUUUCGGACAAGCUCUUCACAAGCAGUAUGCGCGGGCACAGAGAACAAGCUGAGUACUCUGUCGGACCUGGAGCAGCAGUACCGCACCUUGAGAAAGUACUACGAGAACUGUGAGGUUGUCAUGGGUAACCUGGAGAUCACCAGCAUCGACCGCUCCAGAGACCUCUCCUUCCUCAGGUCUAUCCGGGAGGUGACAGGCUAUGUGCUGGUGGCUCUGAACCAGUUUGACUACCUGCCGCUGGAGAACCUGAGGAUCAUCAGAGGAACUAAGAUGUAUGAAGACCGCUACGCUCUGGCGAUCUUCCUCAACUACCGCAGAGAUGGGAACUUUGGCCUGCGCCAGCUGGGACUGAAGAACCUCACAGAGAUCCUACAAGGCGGUGUGUAUGUCGACCAGAAUAAGUUCCUGUGCCAUGCAGACACCAUCCACUGGCAAGAUAUCGUCAAGAACGCCCGCGUCAGCCCUCUGGUGGUGCCCACCAAUAGCAGUGUUACAUGCCAGAAGUGUCACAAAUCCUGUAACGGUCGCUGUUGGGGCCCCAAGGAGGACCAGUGUCAAAGCUUGACUAAGACUGUGUGUGCUGAGCAGUGUGACGGUCGCUGUUUCGGACCCUGGGUUAGUAACUGCUGCCAUCGCGAGUGUGCAGGUGGAUGUUCCGGACCCAAGGAUACGGACUGCUUCGCGUGCACCAACUUCAACGACAGCGGGGCUUGUGUGACCCAGUGUCCCCAGCCCUUUGUGUACAACCCCACCACCUUCCAGCUGGAAAGCAACCCCAGAGCCAAGUACACCUAUGGUGCCUUCUGCGUCAAGAAGUGCCCACAUAACUUUGUGGUGGACCACAGCUCCUGUGUGAGGGCUUGUCCCAGCAACAAGAUGGAGGUGGAGCAGAACCGCAUCAAGAUGUGCAUCGCCUGCACUGACAUCUGUCCUAAAGCCUGUGAUGGUAUAGGUACAGCCAGUCUGCAGUCUGCUCAGACCGUGGACUCCAGCAACAUAGAGAAGUUCACCAACUGUACCAAGAUCAAUGGAAACCUGGUCUUCCUCAUCACUGGCAUUAAAGGGGAUGUGUACCACAACAUUAAAGCUUUGGAUCCAGAGAAGCUGAAUGUGUUCCGGACUGUUAAGGAGAUCACAGGUUUCCUGAACAUCCAGUCGUGGCCAGAGAACAUGACAGACCUGAGUGUCUUCUCCAAUCUGGCAACCAUAGGAGGCAGAGCUCUAUACAGUGGUAUCUCUCUCCUUGUGUUGAAGCAGCAGUGGAUCUCGUCCCUCCAGCUCCAGUCCCUGAAUGAGAUCAGUGCUGGUAACGUGUACAUCACCAAUAACAGUCAGCUGUGCUACUACAACACCGUCAACUGGACCGGCCUGUUCAGAGCCAACAACCAGAAGGUCCUCAUACGCAACAACAGAGACCCUAAAGAGUGCACUACUGAGCAGAUGGUGUGUGACCCUCUGUGUUCGGACGCUGGCUGCUGGGGGCCAGGACCAGACCAGUGCCUAUCCUGUCGCUACUUUAUUAGGGGACGCAUCUGUGUGGACACCUGCAAUCUCUAUGAAGGCCUGAUAGGCUCUAGGUCCAGGCAGCCGUCGGGACCCUUCGUGGUCGAGAAGCGUGAGGCCAGUUUGGAGAGGGAGGUGCGUGAGUAUGACAACGGCUCGGUGUGUGUGGAGUGUGAUGCCCAGUGUGAGAGAGCAGAUGGUGAAUCCCUGACCUGUCAUGGCCCGGGUCCGGAUCACUGUGUGAAGUGUCUCCACUUUAAAGAUGGUCCUAACUGUGUGGAGAAGUGUCCCGACGGCCUUCAAGGGGCCAACAGCUUCAUCUUUAAAUAUGCCGAGGCCAACAACGAGUGUCAUCCCUGUCACUCCAACUGCACUCAGGGGUGUAUUGGACCCAGACUGCAGGAUUGUAUUGGCAUGAUGGACAGGACUCCCCUGAUUGCAGCCGGGGUGAUAGGUGGCCUCUUCGUGGUGGUCAUCGUGGCUCUGAGCGGAGCCGUGUCCGUCCGCAGGAAGAGCAUCAAGAAGAAGAGAGCCCUGCGACGCUUCCUCGAGACAGAGCUGGUGGAGCCACUAACACCUAGUGGUACAGCCCCUAACCAGGCCCAGCUCCGCAUCCUCAAAGAGACUGAACUCAAGAGGGUCAAGAUACUGGGCUCGGGGGCCUUCGGCACCGUCUACAAGGGUAUCUGGGUCCCGGAGGGCGAGACUGUGAAGAUCCCAGUGGCCAUCAAGAUCCUGAACGAGGCAACGGGACCGAAGGCCAACGUGGAGUUCAUGGACGAGGCUCUGAUCAUGGCCAGCAUGGAACACCCUCACCUGGUCCGUCUCCUGGGGGUCUGCCUGAGCCCCACCAUCCAGCUGGUCACCCAGCUCAUGCCCCAUGGCUGCCUGCUCGAUUACGUCCACGAAUACAAGGACAACAUCGGCUCCCAGCUGCUGCUCAACUGGUGUGUCCAGAUCGCCAAGGGUAUGAUGUACCUGGAGGAGAGGAGACUGGUGCACAGAGACCUAGCAGCCCGUAACGUGCUGGUCAAGUCCCCCAACCACAUCAAGAUCACUGACUUUGGUCUGGCUCGGCUGCUGGACAUCAAUGAGAAGGAGUACAAUGCUGACGGGGGCAAGAUGCCAAUCAAGUGGAUGGCCUUGGAGUGUAUUCACUACAGGAAGUUUACCCACCAGAGUGACGUGUGGAGCUAUGGGGUGACAAUUUGGGAACUGAUGAUGUUCGGGGGGAAGCCCUAUGAUGGCAUUCCGACCCGGGACAUCCCAGACCUGUUGGAGAAGGGAGAGCGUCUUCCCCAACCUCCCAUCUGCACCAUAGAUGUAUACAUGGUCAUGGUCAAAUGUUGGAUGAUAGACGCAGACAGCAGGCCCAAGUUCAAGGAGCUGGCUGCAGAGUUCUGUAGGAUGGCCCGGGACCCCCAGCGUUACCUGGUCAUCCAGGGCGAUGACCGUAUGAAGCUGCCCAGCCCCAACGACAGUACGUUCUUCCAGAGCCUGCUGGAUGAGGAGGAGCUGGAGGAUCUGAUGGAUGCUGAGAAGUACCUGGUCCCUCACGCCUUUAAUGUCCCACCGCUGGCAUACACACCCAGGACACACGUUGAUUCCAACAGGAACCAGUUUGUGUACCAAGACCCUAGUUUCGAUAUGGAGGACAUGUUGGGGACCAUCCCGCGGGUGCUGUCCCUGUCCCCAGGGGACCAGUCUGCAGGGGGGCAGGGCGGUAGCGGCUCGGAGCACCAACGCUUCGAGGACCAGCGCUGUAACGGCACACUGAGGAAGCAGGCAACUCCCCGGCCCGCGGGACCUCCUGGUUCAGACGGAGCACCAGCCUCAGGUCCAGUGGAGAGCAGCAGUGGACAGCGCUACAGUGCAGACCCCACCAUCAAGCUGGGGGAGAGAGGAGCUCGAGGAGACACCGACCAGGAUGGAUACCUGACCGCCAUGAGGGAGAAGGCCACCUCAGACUAUCUCAACCCUGUGGAGGAGAAUCCAUUUGUGACUCGUCUGAGGAAUGGAGCUGCCUUAACCCUGGACAGCUGUAACCCCUAUCAGGUGGCACCCAGCGGCCCCCAACAGGCCGGCUCUGGCCCCAGAGUGGAGGACGAAUACGUCAACGAGCCCCUCUACCUCAACACCUUCCACAACCCCGGAGUUGGAGACUACAGUGACUACACCCUGAAGAAGAAUGGGUUCACUGGAGGACACAACCCUGCCCUCGCCACCCUGGUAAGCCAACCAGGCGCCACUGGUCUCACCACUGGUCAAUCAGGCACCUCCCAGGCAGGAAACCCUGGUCACAACGUCCAGGCAGCCCAUGCCCAUGGAGUCUCUGCACAACCAGGAUACUCUGUUCCUCCAGGCCUCGGUACAGCCGGCACCCACCCAGGACACCCCUCCCACCUAGCCCACCCCGGGUAUACCCUUCACCCCAGCCUCACAGGCACCAUCAUGUUGGACAAGAAGAAUAGACAAGACAAGAACAAGACUUUUGACAAUCCAGAGUACUGGCAGCAUAGCCUCCCUCCCAAGGCCACCCUGCAUAACCCUGAGUACUUGCAGGACUGCAGCACACGCUUCUUCUACCGGCAGAACGGCCGCAUCCGGCCCGCCGUGGCCGAGAACCAGGAGUACCUGACAGAGUUCGCCCUGAAACCUGGGACCGUGCUGCCGCCCCCACCCUACAGACAGCGGAACACUGUGGUGUAACGGGGAGGACGAUGAGGAGGAAAGAGGGUCUGGGCCAGGAAAGGUGGAAGACAAGGGGAGGAGGAGGGGAGGAUGGGAAGUCCCUCUCUCACUCAGCCACACAAUAUUUACGUAUCAAUCCUGGUUCCCUUCACCAGCACUGGACUGACACAUCUGAACUGACACUGGAUUACAGUAACAUUACAGUAAUAUUAUAUUAUAAGACAUAGUGCUGAGAGCCUCCCACCUUCUACGAACCCAGGACUGAUGUUGUCCUCCCUGUCUGUCUAUGUCCUCUACACUGGAUUACAGUAACAUUAAACAGAAUUACUACAGUAAUAUUACGGUAAUAUACACUGAAAGUUUUCACAGAUUCACCUGUAACUGAAUACCCGAGACCCGAUCCGAGACCCGAGAGGGGUCGGAUCCAGAAUUCUAAAUAAUGUCACGGGUCAGAUUUGAUAUGAUUGUCACGGGUCUCGGGUAUGUGUAAUUUCAACUAACUUGUCCGGAAGGACCCGUAAAGAUCCAAACGCGACUGCUGCAGAAGAGAGGGAGAGAGAGAAAUUGCGUAAUUUAUGCUGCUACUCUUGCUUUUCACGAGAGUGCUGCGUGUAGCUUGUUGUUUUUGUUGGCCAAUCAUAG